AUAAUCUUUUAUCGACGAAACCGGUGUAGUUGAUUUAAAACUACUGUGCAUUUGUAUAAUAAAUAAUAAUCAAUUAUUUAUUAUUAAUGAUUAUUAAAAAAUUAAUUUUCGGUUGAAGAAAAUAAUAAAAAUUAUUGCGAAAAAUAAAAUAUUUUAAUAAACAUAUUUUUUUUUUUAACUAUAAAAAAAGAUGCAGCUUGAAAUACAGUUGCUUAUUUGACUAAUUUUAUUCUAAGGAAUGAUUUGACUAGCACCGUAGUGGGGGAGGUGUGAAAAUAAGCUCUUUGUUCUCGAAGUUUGGCGGGUUUGUAAGUAAGAUUGCGUCUCAUUUUUUUCAAUCAAAAUUCUCAACAAUUAAUUAUGCAACAAUCCAGAAAAUAAAACUGGAUAAAAAUUGUACAAUUAGUUGGAUAAAAUUGAAUUGGUGUAAUAUCCUUAAUCGAAAUCAUAAAUUUCGACCAACAAAGGCUUAAAAAGCCGGCAAGUGAGAAAGGAGUUUUAGACUAGAAGAUAACGCUUUUAAUUGUUUUAACUGUAUUGAAUAUUACCGAAAGACAUUAAAAACGAAAAUGAAAUAUAAAUACUGACCUCUCAUUGACUGUGGGAUUCUUUUUCUCAGUAAUACACCGUAUUAAAGUGCACGUGGUUGUGAAUAGAAAGGAUAACGUUUAUUUCAUUUAUUGACCAUUUUAUCAACAUUUCUUUUUCACAUUUUACAAAUACUAACCUUUAAUUGAAGGAUUAAACUACAAUGGGGAAAGUAUCGGUAGCAAAAUCAUCACAGAGCAAAUCCAAACGAUCAUCUUCUGCAAACACUUUGUCAAAACCAUCAAAAAGAACCUACUCAAAUGGAAUAGUUAGAGAUAAUUUAUUGCAGACUUAUCCCGUAUUACCAGUAAAAACAAGAUCAAAACAAGAUCACAAAAUGAAGACCAUUGAAUCUGUUGAAGUAUCAAAGACUACUGUAAUGAAUCAUAUUAUCAAAAAUGUCAAAAUAUAUCUCGUCGACUUGAUUCACACCAAUCUUUUAACUCGAAAGCAUCGAAAAAAAUUGCAAAAAUUGAAAGAGCGAAAGCCCAAAAUGACAAUCUCUGUAUGCUCAUCAUUUGAUUCUCAUUAUUCAGAUAUCUCUGCAUCCAGUAUUCGAAUUAAUGAUAGAGAAUUAAGAUCGCUGCCGGUUCGUGAUGAGAGAGUUAAAAGAGAAUCAUUAUUUUUAAAGUAUAUUCAAGAACCGAAUUCUAGUUUUAGUAAUCUUAAUCGAUCUCAGGGCGGUGGGAAUGUGUCAAUUGUUGAUAAGUUUCGUCAAAAGGAGAGUCAAGUAGAGGCUGCCAAAAAUGAUGAGGAUGAAGAGAAAAAAUGGCGUUUUUGGAAUGGAGAUAUAUUUUCUGAUGGAUCUUCUCGUCGAGGUACUGUGAGUAUCACAAGCUACGAGUCUUCAGAUAUUUUCAGCUCAGAGGAAUCGGAAAUUGAACAAAAACGUAAACGAAGAAGAACACAAACGAAGAAAUUACCACCUUCUUCAUCAAAACAAGUACUAAGCGGAAACAAAAAAAAAAACAAACCCAAAACACCAUCGUUAGAUAAGCUUCCAGCUGCUGCUGAUAAAACAUCCCAAGCAUCAACAUCUAGUAAUGUCAUUGUUGAAGCUGCAGCUGAAAUUCAAACAACGCUAUUGUCGUCGAUUAAGUUGAAUCAAAAGGAAAAGAAAAAUCGAGAACCCGAGAUUACUAUGAGGCGGACCGUGGUAACGUGGUCAGGUGACAAAAAGACUACUUGGAUUCUGAAUGUUAUGCCAAAAUCAGAAGCAGAAAGAACUGGUAAAUUGGAAAAAUUGAAGCAAACUCGCCUGGAAAGAAAUCCUUUGAGGAGACUCAAGCCAUCAAGUCCAAAGAAACGUGGUCCGUACAAGAAAAGGAUUAAGGAAGAAAAGAAGAAAGAAUAUAAAAGCAAAAAACCAAAAAUUGAAGAAAAAUUACUUUGCUGCGAUGGUCCAUGUAAAUGUAAUCCUGAGGAUGAUUUAGUGGUGCAUAAACUACCAUCAAUGCCGGCGAUUGAUACUCACUUGGAAGCAAAGAAACAGAUGAAAUCAGAUUUAUCAAUUGGCGAUGAAUCCAAAUCAAGUUCAAAAAAAGACACAAACAAACGAGAAAUAUCAUCAGUGAAUUGUGAUACUUUUAAAGAUUUGCCGAAUUCUGAGCCACCAUCAAAACUCCGUAAAUUGAAUGACGGGAAGAAACAUCCGGAAAUAAUAGAAGACACCGUUCUCCCUCCUGGCAGUGUUGUAGCAUUGAUCUCUCCUAUAGCGAAGAAUCUCAAAACACUGGGUCGCAUCCCUAAAAUAGAUCCCAAUAUAAAAGCAGUAUCUGAUGAAAAAUUAAAAGUUGCAUUCGACAAUUGGGCUAAAAUACCAGAGCUCAUUCCACUAAUAAGCCCCACCACCAGUAUCGUUAGCUGUAAAAACAAGAUAGAAGUAGAAAAGAAAACGCCCACGUCUACAGGAUCUAUAGGAAGAAGUAAAAUUGUUUAUGAUAUUAAAAAUAAUGACCAGAAGCCGGUACCUUUAACCAGGAGAAAUAUUGAACUGUUCUCAAAAAUGAUUAAAAAUCAACUAAAAAAUGAUGUAGAAGGGAAUAAAAUGGAAUCCAGAGUAAGACUAAGAAUAUCGCGAUUUAAUAAAAAAGAAGAUGAUUCUAAUAACAAUAACGUGAUGAGUGAUGGAGUGAAGAGUAAAAAGAAUCGAAGAGAUUGGAAAAAAGAAAGCUCACAAGUCAACGAUGGAUCUAAUUCAUCAACAGAAUCAUCUCCUACCAUGAAUAAAUACACACGAUGUAAUUCGGAUGAUUCUUUGCCGCGAUUCGGACAAAUUUUGCCGUCUACGAGCAAUCCAUCGACUUCAGAUACACCGAUAGAGAAGCGCGUUCUUGAUUGGAUUCGUAAAGACUUAGAUAUUAGUGAUGAUAAGAAUAUUAAUGAUCUGGAUUUGAGUGAUAACUCUUCUUCAAUUUCGAGUGAAGCAUUAAAGAUAGAUGUUUCAAAUAGAGGUGAUAAUAAAACAAAUCAGAAAGAAGAAGUUGACAGUUCUGUUUUAGAAAUAAAUCAUUUAAUAAGUCCAGAUACUUCAAUUGAGAAUGUGACAUUUGCUGAUCAGUCGAUAGUCGAAGGGAAGUCUGUAAAUGAAAGUACUGAAAAUCUUGACGAUACAAGACAAAGUGUAGCUGGAGAGGAUGAUGAAGUUAAACAAAAAGAUGAUGAUACUUCAAGUAUCAGCAGUUCGAGCUCUAGUGAUAGUAAUAAGAGUAGUGAUAGUAGUAGUAGUAGUAGCAGUAGUUCUGCCUCAUCUCGGUCGAGUUCAAGCAGUAGUAUUAUUUCUAAUGUCAACAAAUCUUUGAAAAUUGUUGAACCAGAAAAAAGUCCCAGUAAAGUUCAAGAGUCUAGUGUUUGUAUUAAUGAUAAAACUGAACCCGAAAAUAAGGGUAUUGAUAAUCAAGAUGUACUUGAAAUACUUGAUAAUGACAAGUGUGAUGAUGACAAAGGCUACGUUAGUAUUAUUGAUGACAAUAACAGUAUUAAUAAUAGUAACAAUAGUAACAUAAAUGACAAGAGUAUUGACGAAGAAAAGUCGUUAAAAGUAGAUGAUAAAUCAAAUGAUAGUCAAGAAGAAAAGAGGCUUGAAAGUGGUGACGAAGAAAAAAGGCUAAAAGCUGAAAAAAAUGAUGAAAAGAGAAUAGAAAUUGACAGUGUUCUUGAUGAUAAUGAUAAUAUUGAAAAAAAUAAAUUGAUCGAGUCCGAAAGUAACAAUGGUUUGGAGGAUUUAGAAGAAGAUGAGAAAGACGAAAGUGAUUGUGAUGCUAUUUCACUUUAUGCCGAGUCGUUAUUUAAUGAUAAGCCGGAUGAACAAUUAGUUUCACCAGAAUUACCAACAUUUGGUGAUUUAUCAAGACCAUCAAGUCCUCAAAAUGGUUACAAUCGUAUGGAAUCAAAUACCUUUGAUAAUUAUUGUCAAUUAACUGAACAAGAAUUUGAUAAUGAUUAUCAAAAUGUCAAUAUUCAAACUGAUUCAAAAGGCUUAACAACGCGAAGAUUUAGAAAUCAAUCGAAUAAACAAAAUAAUAAUCAAACUACCAACAAUGGACAUGUAGAAUGCGAUUCUAGUUAUGCUCGCAGUCCAAAUUCACAUACCAUUCAUGAUGAUAAUUUAGAUCGGUUUAAUUCCUACUCCGCACACCAAAUUGAUAGUAAUUACAAUAUUGUUAGAAACAAAAAAUUACACCAGAAUUAUGAGCAAAAUUUUACCAAACAAAGGAAUGUUUUUGAUCCAGAGGUUAAAAAAUCAAAUCCUACUAAAGAUUUCGUUAAACAGUUUUUCUACGGUAAUUGUUUUCAACAUUUGAAGACUGGAAAUUGUACAAAAGUCGAUAAAUGUCGACACAAUCAUACAAUCGGCAGUAAACUUGAACGUAUCUAUUUAGAGACUCCAGAAAAGAUUCAUAUGACGCUCAUUUACGCGUUCGAACAAAAUUUUCAUUUCUACAUAAGGAUUGUAUAUUGUAAAGCAAUUGUCAGAUUAGAUAUACAAACGAUAUUCAAUUUUUUCGGUAUAAUAUUACUUUCAAAUGUGAGUAAACGAGAAAUGGUGCCGGAUUACAUUAGAUGGACAAUAGAUGCUUUGUUAGCAAAAAAUCGCACUUUAAAGAAUAUAAUAAAUGUUUUAAGUAUUCGAAUAGCACAAAUGGGAAAGUCGAUAAAACCAGUAAUGGCACCUGGUGAAGUAUGUAACAUUGUGAUAAGUCAUCUAGCAACAAAAAUAAAUGCUGGCUGUUAUUGGGAGACAUUUCGAUGUUUGAUUUAUAAUCAAGUAUCACUGUCAUCAGUUAUAAUAUCCUAUAUAUUACAAGAGAGUAUUGAAUUCAACAAACCCCUUUCUCAUUUGAAAGAUAUUAUGAAUUUCUUAGAUUCAUAUUUGAGUGAUGAAGAAAAUUUCACUGGAAUUAAUCCAGAACUGUUUAAUAAAUUUACAUUGUUACUCCAUGAACAGACUAUAAAAGAACAGAAGAUGCAUGCUGAAAGUGUGGUGGAAAUAAGGCAGAAACCACCAGAAGCUAUUUCACUCGCAUCACCGGACACCAUGGAUAUUAAUAAUUUGCCAGAUAAUGUUAACCCUUUUAUUAGUUCCAUCAAUACAAAUAAAUAUAUACCUGAAAGAGAUUUAAUUCCACUUCAAGAUAAUAAUAAUAAUGAUAAUAAUAAUUUGAAGACUAAAUCUGUUAUUAAUAGUGUAGAUAUUCGACAAAAAACUCAAGAAAAGGUGGAAGAUAAACGAGAUGCAGUUCCGUCAACAUCUAAGAUGAACGAUAUACAAGAAUGCGCUUCGGAAUCAUUAUUUGCUAAUAAAUAUAAAUUAAUUCCUAUUGAUGCUCCAAAGUCAAAAUCAGUUUACGAAAGCUAUGUUUGGUUGUUACGAUCAGAUUUAGAAAACAUACAAACGGCAAUAAAGAAAAAUGAUUACGAUGAGAUAAUAAAAGUUUUAAGCGUCAAUAAACGUUCUCAAAGUCAACCAUUUGUGCGUGGAUUUUAUACUAUACUGUGUAGAGAAAUAAUGGAAAGUGUCAGGCAUUUAAAUGAAAUAAUACAACGUACAGUAAGAGCUGGGUUGUACGUGAAAUUAAAUCGAUUACUAACUGAUAUAGGGAUAAUGUUACUAAUAACAUUAAUCGAUAAUAAUUUUUGGGUAUUGGCAUAUCAUUUAUUACAAUUACUAAACCUAUAUCUUGUUAAAACUGAUGAUCAUACAGUGGAAUUUGUUUAUGUUUCUGUGGAAAUUUAUAUCGCUAAUCAUAAACCACUGAAGGCGGUUGAAUUGAUUAAACGUAAUAAUCUGAUGCUCGGUGACGUUCAAAAGUGGAAAUUAAAAUCAACUAAUGUAAAAAAGGCUUUAAAACUUCAUGGACAUAUGAUGAGAGUUUUAUUUCAAGCGCUCACCUAUUUUUAUCCACAAUACGCUGUUGAGUUGUGUCGAAAAAUACUUGAUGAACAACAAAAUACGUUUUAUCCAAUAAAUUUAACACGUGUGAUCACAGAUAUAAUAAAUACUGUUUUAACUGAUAUCAUUAAUACUGAUAACAAUAAUAUCGAAAAUAUUGAAUAUAUAUAUACUGAAUUGUCAAAAGUUAUAUUAUCACACAAUGUUAUUAUUUACGAUGAACUAUUACGAAAUAUUAUUAUUGAAGUUUACCACACAGAUGAAAAGUUGUCAAGACAAUUAUUUAAGUACGCCACCCAAAUGGGUAUCUAUACAACUGUCAAGUAUCAAGCGGAUUUUGUCGCAACAUUGACUAUUGAUAUUAAUUUAUCAGAAGAAGAAAUGUAUUUACUGCUUGCGGAAUCAUUUAAAUCACUCAAAGAACAAAUUGGAUGCAAUAUUUAUAUUCUUCAGCCUCAAAAAUUAUUUUUUUACUUAAAUUUAGAGGAUAUUCCGAGUAAAAAAAUGUUACAUAAAGAUAGGAUAAAGCUCAAAAAUAAUGUGCAAAUUAUGAAAAGCACUAAAGCAAUAUUAGGCAGAGUGUUUGAAAAGUUUAAUCCAAAAUUGAAGAUGCUAUCGAGAACAGUAGGUCAAAGAAUUUGUAGACUGGUGAGCAACACAGUAUUCCCUCAUUUGAUAAAAGAUGAUGAUUAAAGUGAUAUUAAAAUUUUAUAGCUUAAUGUUUAUUUAUGAUUUUUAAAGGAAUAGAAAAUUUUCUAUCAAAAUUAUUGAAAUUUAAUUAGUAAAGGAUAUAUUGUU